GAUGUGCUGGACUAUGCACCCGCUGAUGUCAGAAAUCGCGCUAUAUAAGCCGCGGUACGGACGGACAAACUUCAAUACAGUGAAGAUUUACCUGCAAGCCCAACAUGGGGCUACAACUUUUGUUCGUCCUCGCCCUUGUGGCAGGAUCACAAGCAGGUCCAAUACAAGAUAUUGUUAUAUCCGACAAAUGCGCUGCACAAUGCACGGUAUCAAGCAAAUUCAACUACAAACCGGGAACGACCUACGAGUUUACGUACGAGACGGACGUACGGACGGCCAUACAGGGUGCAUCUGAGGAUCAUGCCGGAGUCCACAUGGUUUCCCGCGUAUUUCUGGACUUUGUCUCCAAAUGCGAAAUGGUCAUGAGGCUCAGUGACGUCAAGCUUACUGAACACGACCCAACUACGUCAUCAAUGAAGCCUGUGACGUCAACAGAUAUCGCACUGCUGGAGUCCAACCCAUUGACUGUCUCCUUCCAAGAUGGCAAAAUUGAGGAUCUGUGUCUGGCCAGCAUGGAAUCUGACAAGACGCUGAACAUCAAGCGGGGUAUCCUCUCAAUGAUCCAGAACAACAUGGACGACAUUACAUCAGCUCAAACAGUCAAAGAGUCUGAUAUUGCCGGAAACUGCGAAACCCAAUACACUUCGGAAGACAAGGGCUGGUCUAGCAAACUCAUCAAGAAGUCCAAGAACCUUCUGGGAUGCACCGGACGCCAGAACGCCAAUACCGCAAUUCAAGGAGUUCCUUACUCAAGCGACUCGAAAGUGCAGUCCAUGCCCCUCCUCAAGAGCUCACAGGAAUGCGAACAAGAAAUUGCCAAGGACAGCGGUCGUCUGAAGGUUGCCACUUGCCACGAGAGACACACUUUCGUGCCUUUCUCACGCCAGGAAAGCGGGGCCACAACCCACACGACUCAGACCCUUACAUUCGUGAAGGAAUCCAAGUCAAGGACAAAGUCUGCAACGGUGCAGACGCGGGCUACCUUGCAGUUCCAGCAAUCAUCUACCACUUCUAUUUCUGGUAUUCAAGACUUGGAGAACCAGCUGAUGACAAUCUGCUCCCAAACCGCCAAUGGCGUGACCAUGGAGACGCCGAAGCUCUUUACUUCCGUCGUGCUCACUAUGCGGUCACUGACUGCCACAGAUAUGGGGGCGCUUUACAAGAGAAUCAAGAAUCAGAGCGUCUGCCCAGAAAACAACGCACGUGUCCUGAAGUUUUUCCUGGACGCUGUUCCAAUGACCGGUACUUCUGAGGGUAUCCAGUUCAUGACGCAGCUCAUUACUACGUCCGUGGUGACCGGAGUAGAGGCCGAUAUGUGGAUGACCACUCUGGCUUUCAUUCAGAACCCAAAUCUGGAAAUGCUGAACAUCGUUAAGGACCUUCUGAGAAUGGACACCCUUCAAGAGAGGGCAAUGCUCUCCGUCAGCGCUCUUGUUCACUCCGUGUGCAGAACCAACCAAAACUGCGAAAACUUCCUCGAGGUAAAGAAGAUCAUCUCACUUCUGGAAAACAAAAUCGCAACGUCCUGCAAAAUUGAAGGCGACAUGAGGACCAGUUUGUUGGCCAUCCGCGCAAUCGGAAACGCUGGAUUUGGAACCAGCGCCAUAGCAACUCUGGAAAAGUGCUUCCGUCGCCCUGAGAACCCAAUCGAGAUCCGUAUUUCCGCGGUUGAAGCUUUCCGACGAAUCCCCUGCUCCGCUGACAAACGCGCACUGUUUGAGGUGCUGAUGAACACCGAAGAAGACUCCGAAAUCCGAAUUGCCGCAUACAAGACCAUUAUGGAAUGCGCAUCUGAUGACUCUAUUAAGCAAAUCAAGAAGGUUCUUGCCAAGGAACCGGUCAAUCAGGUCGGAUCCUACAUAUGGUCGCAUCUAUCUAACUUAAUGGAAACAUCUGAUCCUCACAAGCAAACAAUUCGAUCAAUCCUUGAAGACGAAACCCUUAAAGCAGAGUUCGAUAUGGAUAAGAGGAAGUACUCAAGAAACUACGAAGGUUCCAUCUUCCUUGAGAAAAUCAACACAGGCGCAACAGUUGACAGUGACAUUAUUUGGUCUUCAAAAUCAUUCAUCCCACGUUCUGGUAUGUUCAACCUCACCGUUGAUCUUUUCGGAAACGCUGUCAACCUGUUCGAGAUUGGUGGACGAAUUGAAGGACUCGAAUACUUCCUCGAAUCAUACUUCGGGCCAAACGGUUAUUUCAGUGAAACCAACGUCAAGGCAGCUUCCACCGAAACAGCCGUCGACACCAUCAAGGCUGAUAAAAUGAAAAUUGAUCGCAUCGACAAACGGUUGGGCGUUUCCAUGGAUGAUCUUCGUGGAUCGCUGUACCUUCGCGUAUUCGGCAACGAGCUGCGCUACAUGAACUUCAAUGGUCUUGAUUCACUUAUGAGCCAGAACAACAUAAAUUUCCUGGAUGUACUGAUGAAGCUUGCAAAUGAAAACGAUUACGAGUACAGCCACAGCACAAUACUUAUGGACAGCACCAUCGUUAUCCCAACCAGUUCCGGCUUCCCACUUAGCCUGACCGUGAAUGGAACAGCAACUGUUGAUUUGAAGGCAUCCGGCAAAGUCGACAUUAUGAAGUUGGCCUCUUCUCCAAGGUCUCUCGAUAUCCACGGACUGAUAAAACCAAGCGCUGCUAUUGCAAUUUCGACAGUAAUGGGAGUGGAAGCUCUUUCAACUCGCGUUGGUGUUAAGAUGUUAUCCACACUGCACACACGCACGUCAAUCCAAGGGUCGAUUUCACUAUCGGAAGGAUCAAUUCUGCGCGCACAGUUCGACAUGCCUGAGGACAAAAUGGACGUAAUCAGUAUCAAUUCUGAAUUUUACACAAUUCAUCGCGAUGCAGAACGCGCCCAAAAGAUGGUUACAGACAAUCGUCAACGUUUGAUUUCAUGUUCCGGGUCAAAGUUGGCUCAGAUAACUGGCUUGGAGAUCUGCAGUGAACUAGAGUACCCCAAUGCUUCUUUAACCGACGCUGCCCCAUAUUUCCCCUUCACAGGACCAGUCAGUGCAGCUGUCACUCUUUUCAAGAGGGAUUUGAAGAUGACUGGCUACAAACUCGAGGCUAAAAACCUUCAUACCGAUUCCGAGAACACUAUUCGAUUUGAGUUUUCAACUCCCAAUUCCAAAAUUGACCGAAGCAUCGGUGUAGAUCUAAGCCUGAACAAGGAGAAAGGAACCGUGGAUGCCAGUCUGCAGUCUCCGUGGAAGAAGGGCUUCUUCAAAGGGUCUGUGAUCAAUAGCCUGUCAGAAAAGACUAUCAGCGGAAAGAUGAACUGGGAUAAAAGCCUGCUUUUCGACAUCAGCGGAAGCUUGAAAUCCGAAUCAACUGCCAAUGGCAUUUUGUACACGCCUGCUGUGUCUAUUAAUGUAGCCAAGCUUACUUCAGUCAGUGUUAAAGGUUCAGUGGAAUAUGCUCCAUGGAAACUCUUGAAUACGAGCCUUUCAGUUACUGGGCUUACCACCUCACCAAUCUCCAUAAAAUCUGCAUUUUCAAACAAGCAGGGCAUGAUUGUUGCUCAGGCGUCGCUCACAACUGGACCAAAGCGAACUUACUCUCUAGAGUCCUCACUCCAGAAGACAAUUUCCAAACAGAAAGUUGUCUUCAAACCCCAACUUAGUAUCCGUUCUCCAACCAACGAACUGAUAGCAUUCGGAGGCCAAUACGACAAUGUCUUUGGGAAGAUGACUCAACUGAACUUGGUGUUGGACAAAGUAUUUAUCAAGCCAGUGGCGUUGAAAUCCAAAUUCGAAACCAAGUCCUUCAAACGCGGUAGAGCACUGAACGUCCUUACCCUCGAAUUCGAAUCAGAGCCAGCGUCUUUGAGAAUAAAGAGUAAAGUGGACAAUCGCAACUGGAAGACAAUCGCCGCCGACGCAGAUGUAACAUACGUCAUCAAAGGAAUUGCGCGAGACAAUAUUAAAUUGACUUCAAAAAUGAUAAACUUGAGCACAAACACAUUAACAAAGGCUAGACUGGCGAUGAGUAUGGAAUCUAAGAAAUAUCAAGACUUCAGUUUCAAACUUCUGAGCAACAUCAAUCACAACAAGCGUACGUCAGCAUUUGAUACAACUGUAUCUUAUGGCAACAUAAAAGAUGCCAACAAACAAAUCAAUCUUGAAGCUCAGCUUGACCGAAAAAUUAAAACCUGGACCGACGCCUCCGUGUCUCUAAACGGCAAACUGGAGAUAGGAACUGGUAUUCGGAUGGUAGCAAAACUGGACCAUGCACAUGAGCCAAAGUCGCUGGACUCCGCUCUAUUACUGAAAUACAACAAAGAAUCCAUCGAUUCUACGCUGAAAAUCAAGGAUGCGUCUUCUGCAAAUUUGAACAUCUUCGGCAGUUGGGAUCUGAACGUACUAGGUAAGAAGAUUAAUUUCUUACAUAUGACUAAUGAAACCAGCCCUAGCCAGUUUACCUCUUCGACGAACAUGAAAGUCGGAAAAUCUGUGAAUAGAAUCGAUGCUAAUUGGAUCCGACCUUCAGACAGCACAUUCAAGAUUACCUCAGAAGUUGAACUGAGUAUGUUGAGUAUGGCCAGCCCCGUAAAACUCGGCGCGGAAUACAAAUUAGGACCAGAACAGUACAUUCUUGGAGGGACAGCAGAGCAAGGCAAAGAAAAGUAUUCAGCGAUGCUUUCGUCUCAAGUCGAUCCAGGAAAGUCCGUUCAAGGUUCACUGGACGUUGGGUACCCCGACCGACAUAUUGUAGGAAAUUAUGAAGUAUCUGUAAAGAACGGACGGUACAGCAGUCGCUCGGAUCUGCGCUGGAAUGCUGAUGUGGAUGAUUCACAACGGCUUUCUAUUAAAGCUAGUGGUCAAGUGCAGGGUUUAAAUGAUUUCGACGGAUCGGUGAAUAUCCAGUUACCAUCCCGAACGGUUGAUCUGAACGUGAAUCAAACCUUUGCAAGCAACAGGUACAUUUCGCAUGUUGAGGCAACACUGGACAACACAAAUAAAGUUUCACUCGACACGGUACUGUCUAAGAAGGACGAUAAAGUGUCAGGCUCUUUCAAAUUUACAAGUCCGAUAAAAGGAUUUGAAUACAUUAAUUUGGAUACUAAAUAUACCAAUACCAGAGACACCUGGACGUCUCAGAUAGAUCUUGAACGCAAAAAGAAUGAAGCAAUGUCAAUUACUUUUACACUUAAAAAACCAUUCGGUCUGACCACAAUCAAUGCUAGCUUCGUCGGAAAAGCGCCAUCCAUGGGAGUUAAAUCUUUCGAAGGGUCACUUCUACAUAGUACAAACAAAGGUAUUAAGACAGUUAUCAACUAUAGCUACAACAAGCAAUUUAUGAAUGCCGACUUGAUUUUCAACAAUGUUCGAAGUCAGAAAGGAGUAGACAUGAACGGACAAAUUAACCUUAAGACGUCAAUGGGUGACCUUAAUAAGGUGUCAUUGACCUUGCAACACCAAAGAGAUGGUACACGUAUGAACACAAACGCAAUGGUCGAACUCAACAACAAACUUUACGGCGUUAAGAGUUCUUUGACAUAUACGAUAACUCCGAAGAUUUCAACAACUGGAUCAAUCAAUGUAACACUGCCAUCAAACGAUUUUAGUGCCGUUUGGAACCACAUGAUGAGUCCCAACGAGCUACAGUCAUCUGCCCGAGUAUCAGGCAAUGGAAAAUAUAUUUCUAUUAAGACAAAUGGAGUUCAAAACUUGGCUUUGUCUGCUGGAACCAUCAGAGGAAGUCUUGAAAUUAAUACAUCUUUCAAGAAGCUCGAUAACUUUAUUGUCCAAAUAAAUCAUAUGCAUGCACCUGGAAAUGUUGAUUCUUCAUUGAAAGCGCUGUCAAACAACAUGGCAGUUUUUAACGUUGAAGGCAAAUAUUUGAGAAAUCAUGAUCGUGUUACUUUACUGUUUAAAGCAUUAAAUCCUCGUUAUGAUAGCGAUAUGGUUAUGAAUCUGAACGCAGACUAUUCCGGUAAAACAAAGACAGGAAAAGCUGAAAUAGUGCUUACACCUACACAGAAGAUUUCACUGGAUGGAUCUUUGAACUACAAUGAGGUUUCCCUUACUCUGAACGUGCCAAAUAUAUCUCCAAUUGCUCUUAAAGGAGUCCGAACACUGAUACAAAACGGAAAUACAUUCGACAUUACUGGUACAUACAGUGAUGGACAAACAAUCCGUAUCUCAUCUGUCAUCAGCAAUACUGAAGUGAACGUGAAAUUAAGCUCACCAUUUACACCGAUGAUUUCAGCACAAGCCGUAUACAGAAAUCAGGACAACAAACUCUAUGCAUCUGCAAGUUUCGACGCAACGCCCAUCGUGGGUCAAUGGUCGGGGGUCGCAACACUCGAUAGAACAAACGGACUUUCAGCAAACAUCAUGAUCAAUACACCCUUAAGGCAGGUGCCGUCCGUCAAAAUGACCUUCUCGAGCAGCAUGGAAGAUACUGGUAGAAGAUCAUCACUGUCCAUCGAAUAUUUGCCCGGAAAAAAUGUUCAACUGACUUCUGUGUACGAUAUUCGUAAUACCAACGACAUGGGAUUCGCUUUACAAAUCAUAACUCCUUUUGAGCAUUUCUCAUUUAUUAGCACCGAAUUAAAGCAUGUUGGGGACUCUUCGCGGUUCGUUUCAAGUGCAAAGAUUGAGUACCCGAGAGGAAAGAUAAUGUCAAUUGAAACACGCUUUACACGUGUUGGACAAGUAAGCGGCACACUGAUUAUUUCAACGCCUUUUUCGAACGACAUUUCCGCAACAAUCAGCCAUGCUGGAGACCGUGCUGACUUCCAAUGCAAUCUUGAGCUAACCUACACGUCAACACUUCGUGCAAGUAUAAAAUACAAGGGCACGAUAAAGGACUUUGCAUCAAAUGCGAAACUUCAAAUUGGCAAUGAAAACUACAUUGGAACGGUUACUUUUGCAUUAGAACCAACAAUAACCGCUUCUCUAUCAGCAGAAACACCGUCGUCGUCGUACAAAAUGUCAACAAAAUUCAAUGGAAAACCAACGAACUUCAACAAUAUCAUUGAAGUUUCCGUUCCAAGAACUGGAGUUUUCUCUUCAGAUGUCAGUUUUAACAUUGAAUCUAAGACCGAUAUAUCAGUAUCAAUCAAAACUCCACUUAAGAGAUUCGGUGAUAUUAAGGGGAAACUGAGCCAGGAAUCGGCGUCCGGAAUAUUUACCUCUAGGAUUGAAUUACAAAAUAACCUUGAUGUUCUCGCUGCGACAUUGAAAGUAAGCACAAAUCCGUCAUUUAUAAUUGAAGCUACUGCACAAACACCUUUUGAUGGAUACAAGCAGGGCAGAAUUGAAAUUUCACAUGAAAGGUCUUUGAAAUCCUUCAAAUUACACGGUGAAUUCCAACUGAACAAGGAUACAUCACAAAUUGAUCUGAACGCAGAUAUAUCUCAAAGAUCUAAGAUUGAUUUAACGAUCAGAAGUCCGUACACAAGGCCAAUCAAAGGCUCAUUUACUCAUUUUGAAGUGAAACCACUUAAUUUCAAAUCAUCUGCUGCAAUGUCCAUGGGUAAAGAAGCAAUUACUGCAAAUAUCAACUUCAAUGCUAUUACUGGUUUAAAGUCUGACGCUGCUAUUACAACUCCAUUUAAGGGAUAUGAGAACCUUAAAGCAACCUUUUCACACUCUGGUGAUAUCAGAAACUUUAAAACGUCGGGCGAAGCUUCAGUUAACAGACAAGAAGUAAAGUUCGGUAUUACAUUGGAUACUAAAAACGACACAAUAGCCACAAUUACUGUCUCAACACCAUGGGUAGAUUCGAAAGACCUUGCUUUAACCUUCCGUCACUCAGGAUCUCUCCAAAGUUUUGUCACAAUUCUACAGGCGAAGCAAAAUCGCAAGACUCUUGGUGGAGAAGUUUCUUUCAAUAAUGGCGAAAUUGUAACCGGAAGUGCGUCCCUUAAAUCUACCUUUAAGGACAUAGACAAUUACGCUGCAUCGUUUAGACAUACAGGUACCAUUUCGAAAUUCAAUUGCGAAGCCAAAAUAGAAACGCCCUCGGGUCCAUCUUCUCUUAUGGGUACCUUUGAUUCCAUGAAAGGUAUAUCAGGAACAGUAAAUGUAAAAUCGCCUGCAACGAAAGAUGCCGAAAUAAGAUUUACACAUUCAAAUGUUGAUGGUGCUUGCAAUUCAAAUGUCUUCGUCUCAUAUGAUGGUCAAGUCAAAUAUUCAGUUCAGUCGGAAAUGGUUUCAAAGCAAUCAUUGAGAAGUGAUAUUACUGUAAAAACACCGUUUAACGGAUUUGAACUUACAUCUAUCUCGCUCCUCCAUGGCAAAGAUGCGAAUGGUUUCAGAACCAGUGGAUCUCUCGUUUUAAUGGGUAAAUCUAUUGGAGCUGAUGUUGAAGUUAUUCUGUCGCCCGAAAUUUCAGCAAACAUUAAAACAACAACUCCAUGGACAGAGAAUUUUGAGACAAGCCUUACAGUACAAGGAUCUUUGAGAAAAUUUGACUCAAGUUAUGAAAUCGUUUACGGGACGAUUAGCCAACUCCGCAUCGAGCUCGAUCUCAACACCGAUGAUACCUAUGCCGGUGACCUGAAUAUAAUAUCUCCAUUCAUAGAAAAUAUAAAAGCCAGAUUUAACCACCAAGGCGAUCGCCGCGUGUUCACAACAAAUGUCGAGAUUACUUACGCAGGAAAGGAGGCAACGUCUUCUUUACGUUUCAAUUCCGUUGCUGGUAUCGACACUUCAUUCAGACUUACUUCACCAUGGACUAGGGACGUAGAAGUAACAUUUAACCAUCAGGGUGAGCGCUCCAGGUUUACAACAAAUGCGCGUCUAGCAUAUGCAGGCCAGGACAUCAGGUCGACUUUAAAUUUCAAGUCCGUUCCAAGCAUUGACACUUCGUUCACACUUACCUCGCCGUGGACAAAAGCUGUGAAUUUGACGUUUGCACACUCUGGGCCAUUUGAAAACAGUCAAACAUCAGGUGUUGUAAUGUAUGGUCAACAAGCGCUUUACACUAUUGAUUCAAAGAUUAAUCAUCAAACAUCGAUUGGCAUAGAUGUCAAAAUGACCUCGGCAAUCAAAGGCUUCCAAACAUUCGUAUCUAAAAUCACACUUGAAGGAGGCCUAACAGACUUCAAGACACACGCUGAAAUACAUUUAGAAAAAAUUGCAUUCAUUGGUGAUUUGGAGGCUAAUCCAUCCCAAGGGAGAUUGUCUAUAAUGUCACCCUUUACGAAAGACAUUGUUGGAUCAUACAACAUACGGGGUCAGAAAUUGACGAAUAACAAUGCAAGGGCAUCUUUAACUUACGGCCAAUUGAACUUGAUCCAAAUAACUACGGAUUUAAAACUACCUUCGAAUGCACAGUUGUCUGUUCAGCUACCUGUUUCGGGAUUUGAUACAAGUUCAGUCAAAUAUACUAAGGCUGGUGACUUCGGCGGCAAGGUUGAAAUUCUUUUCAGCAAAUCAACCCAUGAAAUAACUAUAUAUACUAAUACAAAUGACAAGAUUUCCGCGUAUGCCUCGAUAAAUUCACCCUUUGUACCACCGAUGUCAUUAAGGGCCAAUUUGGACAUUACAAAUAAUAAUUUGAAAUCGCAAGUUACACUUCUGUAUAAGUCGAUAGAAAAUAACCUUGGACUGGAGCUUCGAUUAAGGCCCGACUUUUAUAGUAAAAUUGAAAUUAGGUCUCCAUUAGUUGAGCCACUGGAAUUAUCAGUUGAAUAUAGCGGGAAAAUCACGAACUUCCGUUCUUCAGCCGCAUUUUCGAAGGGCGAUAACGCGAACAAAAUCACUGUGAAUAUGGACUUGGAAACAUCGAUGAAAGGAAGCAUUACCAUCGAUGCCCCUCUGGUUAUUAUGCGUGAAUCCAAUCCGAUAACUGCAAGUUUUGAAUUACCUUCACUUUACAAUGGAAACGUUGUUCUAAGGUCCGCAAGUGACACAAUUAUAGACGGUACAUUUUCCUAUAAGAUUCAACCUCUGGAAGUAUCUCUUUCAUUGGAAAACCCUUUCAAAGACAUACAUGUUUUGAUUCAACACGAAGGUACACUCGCUACGUUCAAAUGCAAAGGAAUUUUGAAAAUCGAUGACGAUGAAACCAUUAAUGUUGAUGCUCAAUUCCAGAUGCAGCCUCUUCUUACAUCAUUAACACUUAAGACACCAAUUACUGACGCAUCCCUAGUAUUUUCCUUUGACGGAUCGUCUUCGAAAUUUAUUUCUCAAGCUACAAUUACAAUCGACGGGGUCGACCAUACUGCAUCACUUCAGUCGGACUUUGAAACCACACAAUCAUUGAGUUUCUCAAUAAGAUCCGUCGCUUUCAGUCCUAUAGAAAUAAUAUUCAAAAAUACUGCCCAGUUCCCUGAAAUUCAAACCAACAUCGUGUUUAAGAAGGAUGAAAAGGAAAUAAUUGGAGCCGAUGUUAAGUACACUCAAACACCGUUAGAAGGUUAUAUUUCAAUCAGGUCGCCUUUUAAAGGAUUUGAAAGUGUGUCAGGAGUUAUGACACACAAAGGAGGACUGUUUAAUUUUGAAAACCAUGCCGAGGUUACUGUUUCUGGCAAAAAAACACAAGCGGACUUGAGUUUUAACUUUGGAUCUAAGUUGGAAGGGAAACUGUCUGCGAGUGGACCUUUAUUUCCAACAAUUUCCACUGGGGUUGAAUUUGAAGGAACAUCCGAUAAAUUCCAGGUAGCCUUAGAAUAUGCAGUCGACUCGAACGUUUAUUCAAUUGACGCAUCUGCUGAUCUACGAAACGGCCUGGACUCUUUCGCCACUUUGAAAACACCAGUUGAAGGAUAUAAAACUGUAACGGUAAAAACCACUCAUGACGGUGUUUUCCCCAACACAAACACGUUUGCACAAAUUAAAACAGGAAGACGAAACAUUUUUACCGCAAGCUCUGAGCUUUCUACAACCAAUGGAAUGUCUGUUAAACUUUCAGCGCAGUCUGUUUUUUUCCCAACUGUACAAGUUACAAUGACACAUACUGGCAACUUUGCAAAAUUUGGUUCCAAUGCUGAAUUCAGAUUCAACGGACAGCCGACAAGCAUAAACGUUGCUUUUGAUAAAAUUAUUCCAUCUGGAUCAUUUGCAUUUUCAAGCCCUAAUAUGAACCCGAUAUCCGGUAUGUUCUCUGUUACCCCAAUUCGAAAUGGAAAUGCAGCUCACAUUGAAGGAACUCUGUCUGGUCAAACUUUGUCAGGAGACAUGUCGUAUUACCUUGGCACUGAACUUGGUGGCUCUGUGUCAAUAAAGACUCCAUUCCAAGGAUACGAACAGAUUCUGGGCAAGGCAAACCUACGCCAAAACGCUAAAUCCUUCAACGGCUUUAUGGAGGCUACCAUGGGUCGAUCUACAGCAAGUGUACAAGGUAACCUUAAUAUGGAGCGCGGAAUUGAUUCUAGCAUAAAUUUACAAUUGCCACUAGGAAAAUCAAGUGCUCAAUUUACAUCUAUUGGCUCAUUUCCUAACAAUGAAAACAAGCUGGUUUUUGACAUUUUUGGAGAAAUAUACUCAAUUGCAACUGAUAUCAAAUACAUGAACGAUUUAUCUGCUAAAGUGAUUGCAACAUCACCAAUUCCGGGAUAUGAAGCAAUUGAAGGAUCCUUUGCACUAAAAGGUACUCUUGAAAAUAUGGUUUUCAACGGUAAAUUGCAGUAUAUGACUGACAAACAGAUUGUGGUAUCAUUUGAAAAUAUAAAAACCGCCAGGAAAUUAGAAACAAAAGCAAAAUUACUAAGCCCGUUUUCUGAGGACAUGUCAUUUGACCUGAUACUGACUGGAGAACCCACAAACUUCUUUCAAACAGUAACUCUCUCUUUGGGGGAUGCCACUAGUGUAACGUCGACUACUACGUUUUCUAUUGAUGCUUCAGCUUUAAAUUUCGUUACCUCGUUAAAAACACUCACUUCUGGCUAUCGCGAUGAACAGACACUUCAGACAAAAUGGGAAUCUAAUAUGCCUUCAUUUAAAACCUCAGCGAAUGCGCGAGUGUUCGGAAGUUAUUUCUCGGCUGAAGGGGAAUUGAACGUUGAUGAUGCAAUAAUUGCUGCGAUCACUGUUAAAACUCCGCAAGACUUUAUAGGAGAUGUUUCUGUAAAUUUUGAACACAGUGGAACUCGCAGGAGAUUUUCCACCAAGUCACAGAUUCAGUACGGGCAAGGAAAAAAAAUUGAAGGAAUUGUCGACUAUGCCAACUAUGAUUUGAGACGGCUAAGUGGUUCCUUCGAUCUGACCACACCUUUCCCUGGAUUUGAAUCAACAAGGGCUUCAAUGAGACAUACAUCGGUUACGAAUGGGUAUGAAAGCAAUGCUCAAGUAUCUAUGUUUGGUAAGGAUUUAACUGCAACAUUGGAAACAUCGAGCACGCCUCUAUCGGCAUCUUUAAGAAUCACAACUCCAUUCAAUGGAUUCGAAACACUUGGUGGAGAUGUAAAGUUAGUUCUUGGCAAUGGCGAAAUGUCCACACAGGCAAAUAUCGCCUAUAUGAAUGGAAAGACGAUUUCUUUAACCUCUGCAUUCAACCUUAAUUCCGCACCUCGCACGAUCAGCAUUUUGAUUAAAACGCCAUUUGUUGGAUACGAAACAACUGAACUAAAACUUUCGCAGAAUGGUGGACUAUUAGAUUUCCAAACAACAACAAGCAUUACGUCUUCAUAUCUACCAACCGCUACUGCACAGGCCAGUCUAAAAUACGCAACAUGGUAUAACAUGGACGCCUCUGCUUCAUUUACAAGUAAGAUUUCCAACUUCGAAAAUCUGCGGCUUACAGUGAAAACAGGUUCCGGAAGAGGAAAAAAUAAUGGACGAGCAGAGCUUUCAUGGGCACCAAGUAAAAAUAUUGUUGUUGAAGGAAGUUCCACAGAAAACGGAUUUGCUACAAUUUUUACAGGAACGGUCCGAACUCCAUUCACUAUCCUUAAACAAGGUAACUUCAACUCCAAGAUUGACAAAAGGGGACGUGUGUUUUCGAACACAAUCGGAAUACAGUAUAAUGGAAAUUCCGUUACCGAUGUUGACUUCUCGAUUGACGAAUCCGACUUGAAAUCAGUCUCUGUCUUAAUGCGUGCACCAGUCCAAUUCACUACAGCACUUCGUGGAUCAACAAAAGGAAAGUACCAAGGAACUAUUGAGUUUGCUCAAGAUAUCAUAUCAAAGUCAGACAAUCGGAAACUAACAGGGACAUUUGAUCCUGCCACAAACAAAGUAAGUGCCGAAUACCGAUGUGCCAUCAAUACAAUCAACCUUGAUGGAAGCAUAAGAACGUCUUAUCUGACAAUCAAUGGCAUGACCUACGGAUACGAUGUUUCGAGCAAUUACGCCAAGGUUCGUCUUCCAUCUAGAAGCUUGAUGUUGACAGGAUCAAGCAACACAGGCGUCACGGAGGGGUCCUUUAUGUGGGAUGCUGACAAGGAUGACACCAAAAAGAUCGCUUUCAGGUCCCAAAUCAGGCAAUUGUCCGACUCUCUGAAGGCUGAUGUAUCACUGAUGCUCCCUAGCCUCAGCAAAGACCUUCAAAUUGGUUCUGAAAUGAUCUUGAACAGAGGACGGAUAUGGUUUGACGGCAAGACGGAGCUUACCUACUCAAAGGACAGCAGAAAACGGUUUAUAAUCACAUCAAAGGUUGAGGACAUUUCUUCUGCUAAAUCCAAAAACUACAGUCUUACCUUUGGAAUCAGUCAUCCAUAUACGAGCGUUAACGUAGACGUAAUCUCUCAUGUUGGAAAGUCCGACGACAAAAUUACUGGCGCCUUUGAUCUGAAAUACUUGACUGCAAGACAAGAAACAAAACAGUUCACAGUCAGUGGCUCCGUGGACAGCGUGAAGCGAGAAGUUAAUCUGAUCAUCGAUACACCAAUGAAAAAAAUCGGCAUUAACGGAAACGCACAAACGUCUUCGCCAUAUCGCCUGUCACUGACGAACCAGUAUGACAACAAACGCCCACUGAAUACCGUCGUGUCAUUUGAUUUGGAGAAACGCAGCUUCGACUUCCAGAUGAAUUACGAUCUUGAGAACCCUACCAGCGAGUUACACGUGAGCGCCAAGUACGUAAACAGCUCCGCUGUUGCCGCUGAAGUGUACCACGUGGUCAACCGACAGAAGAUCACCGACGGUCUCGUUGCACUGCGCCUCAAUACCUCUCACCUGCUUCACAGCCGUAUCCACUGGAGACCCGAGGUCCUUGCUGAUUUAAAGACAUUCUCUGCAAGGAAGACCGAUGCUUACAUUCGCCAGCUCCGAAACUUUGCUGAUGUUGCGGGGGAGGGUAUGAGCACUGAGAUACGCGAAAAAGCUGAACGAUUCAAAGGCUCCAUCAACGAAGAGAUCGAGCCCAUAGCUGCAGUCGCUGCUGUCAUGUACGAACGCAACGAAUACCACACACGAGAUAUUGUAGAUGCCAUCGUCGAGGCAACAGAAAAGGCCAUGAUGAAAAUCAGAGACGCCUCGAAGGUCACAGAGGAAUACAGGAUUGAACUCUCCGCUGAGCUUGAAAAAAAAUUGUCUGAAUUUGUAGAGAUGUCAAAGAAACAAAUUCAGAGCGCCAUUUUGCGGCUGCAAACAACUAGUGCGUACAGUGUGAAACCUAUGGCUGAUCUGUACAACAGUCACACAGCGCGACUUUACAACCUGACGGCGCCUCACGUAAAGUCUGUGUACGACAGAUACAAUACAUACGUCGACUACAUGGCCCAGAUCGACCUGACACCAAAAACCGACAUUGCCAACCUAUUCAACUCCGCCAUCUACAGUAUCCAUGACCGUCUCAGCUCAAACAUGGUAUAUCAACAGAGCCGAAAUGCCUACAAAUACUGGGAGGUUCGUGAAAAUUCUGAGGCGGUUGCCAGUGCCAUCUUCGACUGGAUCAAGGAGGAAGUAGACAGGGAACUCUCGGACAUUAAGGCCAUUUUGGUCAACCUCAGGAAUACAACGACUGUUACCGUGUACGACCCAGAGCACGGUGAAAUCCAGGCCGAGGUGCGCCUGCCGUUUGCACUUAAGUCCCUUGAUGAAGUGCCAACGUACGUCUUCGAUACGUCCAAGAUCAAGAAGUACAUUCCAACAAUGCCUACCAUUUCCAUACCAAACAAAUGGCUGCCACCAUAUGAAGCCAUGGCUAAGAUUGUGGGCAACAGGAUCACCACCUUUGACGGUUUCGAGUACGACCUGACUAGAAGCUGCUCGUUCAUGCUGGCUAAGGAUUACGCUGACGGCAACUUCACAGUCGUUCUUCACAACAAGGAGGGAAACAAAACUCUGGCCAUCCUGGCUGACGGACGCUCCAUUGAGCUCUUCUCCAACGGACAGGUAAAGGUCGAUAACAAACCAGUCACCACCCCCGCCAUCUUUAAGUACAUCACAAUUACCUCCCUUGAGGGUCGCGUGACCAUUGACGUUGCAGGCCACAUUAAGGUCGACUACAUCAAGGACAUGGACUACUACACGAUCGUCAUGAACGGCUUCUACUUCGGCAAGACCAACGGCCUCCUCGGUAGCUAUGACAACGAGCCCAACAACGACAUGAUGACGUCAUUUGGCAAGCCUAUCAGCGAUGCUGACCGCUUCGUUAAGACGUGGGACGUUGGGUCUGGCAAAUGCUGAACAUUUUAUUGAGUUUAAACCAUAAACCCAAAACCACGGAACACCCAAAACCACGGACUACCCAAACCACGGACAAUGCAUUAAAAAUACAAAAAAAUAUAUGUGAUUAUAUGUGAUUAUAAUUGAGCUUUUUAAACUUUGAGCGUUUUACACGGAGUGCUAUAUUGCCAUCAUGAAAUUUCCUAACGUUCUUUAACAAAGAAACAUGUGACAUUAGGUAGAAACUCUACUUGGAAAUAAGAUGGAACACUGAGAUUUCGUAAAUAUUUGAUGUAUUAAAAUAUGGUUCAAUUUAUAAUAGUUUUUGACACAAUUAAGAUCUAUAUUGUCGAUUAAGAUCUAUAUUGUUAACGUAUUGCUCAAUAUAAAUAAAUCAAAUCAAAGCAUC